GUCAGUUUGGCCGGCUCCAUCCUCUCGUAAGCUCCGCGGUAGCUUGCAAUGUGACACCAGGACGCACACGCUCUCGCGCGCUCUCCUAGGCUCGCUCUCCCUCGCCCUCUCUCUCUCACAUACGCACGCACACACCCACCUCUCCCAUAAACACACACACACACAUGCACACCCACAUCCCCGCGCGCCCGCACCGCCCCACGCGCGCACACUCCCGCCCACACCCACGCCCACGCCCACGCCGCGCUCCUGGAAGUCCGGUACCCGCGAGAGCGCGAAAGGAUACGGAGAAACCACCCGCGGAGAGCGCAGCGACGCCCCUGGACGCGGCGCCCUCCCCGCCCGGCCGUCUGGGCUCGGGCUCGGCCUGGGGGCCGCCGGCUGGCGAUGGCCCUGGAUUGCCUGCUGCUGCUCCUCCUGGCAUCCGCGGUGGCCGCAAUGGAAGAAACAUUAAUGGACACCAGGACGGCUACUGCAGAGCUGGGAUGGACAGCUAACCCGGCCUCCGGGUGGGAAGAAGUCAGUGGCUAUGAUGAAAACCUGAAUACCAUCCGCACCUACCAGGUGUGCAAUGUCUUCGAACCCAACCAGAACAACUGGCUGCUCACCACCUUCAUCAACCGGCGGGGGGCCCAUCGCAUCUACACUGAGAUGCGCUUCACUGUGAGAGACUGCAGCAGCCUCCCCAAUGUCCCAGGCUCAUGCAAGGAGACCUUCAACUUGUACUACUAUGAGACUGACUCUGUCAUUGCCACCAAGAAGUCAGCUUUCUGGUCUGAAGCCCCCUACCUCAAAGUAGACACCAUUGCUGCAGAUGAGAGCUUCUCCCAGGUGGAUUUUGGGGGAAGGUUGAUGAAGGUGAACACAGAAGUCAGGAGCUUUGGGCCUCUUACUCGAAAUGGGUUUUACCUCGCCUUCCAGGAUUAUGGAGCCUGUAUGUCUCUCCUUUCCGUCCGUGUCUUCUUCAAAAAGUGUCCCAGCAUUGUGCAAAAUUUUGCAGUGUUCCCAGAAACCAUGACAGGAGCAGAAAGCACUUCUCUGGUGAUUGCUCGGGGUAUAUGCAUCCCCAAUGCAGAGGAAGUCGAUGUGCCCAUCAAACUGUACUGCAACGGGGAUGGGGAGUGGAUGGUGCCCAUUGGGCGCUGCACCUGCAAGCCUGGCUAUGAGCCCGAGAACAGCGUGGUCUGCAAGGCUUGCCCUGCAGGGACAUUCAAGGCCAGCCAGGAGGCUGAGGGCUGUUCCCAUUGCCCCUCCAACAGCCGCUCUCCUUCAGAGGCAUCUCCUAUCUGCACCUGCCGAACUGGCUAUUACCGAGCGGAUUUUGACCCUCCGGAAGUGGCGUGUACUAGUGUCCCAUCAGGUCCCCGCAAUGUCAUCUCUAUUGUCAAUGAGACGUCCAUCAUUCUGGAGUGGCAUCCACCAAGGGAAACUGGUGGGCGGGAUGAUGUGACCUACAACAUUAUCUGCAAAAAGUGCAGGUCGGACCGCCGGAGCUGCUCCCGCUGUGACGACAACGUGGAGUUUGUGCCCAAACAGCUGGGCCUGACUGAGUGCCGUGUCUCCAUCAGCAGCCUAUGGGCUCACACCCCCUAUACCUUUGACAUCCAGGCUAUCAAUGGAGUGUCUAGCAAGAGCCCCUUCCCUCCCCAGCAUGUCUCUGUCAACAUCACCACAAACCAAGCUGCCCCCUCCACUGUUCCUAUUAUGCACCAGGUCAGUGCUACCAUGAGGAGCAUCACUUUGUCAUGGCCACAGCCGGAGCAGCCCAAUGGCAUCAUCCUGGACUAUGAGAUUCGAUACUAUGAGAAGGAGCACAAUGAAUUCAACUCUUCCAUGGCCAGAAGCCAGACCAACACGGCCCGAAUCGAUGGGCUUCGGCCUGGCAUGGUGUACGUGGUCCAGGUGCGUGCCCGCACGGUGGCUGGCUACGGCAAGUUCAGUGGCAAAAUGUGUUUCCAGACUCUGACAGAUGAUGAUUACAAGUCGGAGCUGAGGGAGCAGUUGCCCCUGAUUGCUGGCUCCGCAGCAGCAGGGGUCGUGUUUGUCGUGUCCUUGGUGGCCAUCUCCAUCGUCUGCAGCAGGAAACGAGCUUAUAGCAAAGAGGCAGUGUACAGUGAUAAACUUCAGCAUUACAGUACAGGCCGAGGCUCCCCAGGGAUGAAGAUUUACAUUGACCCCUUCACUUAUGAGGACCCCAAUGAAGCUGUCCGGGAGUUUGCCAAGGAAAUUGAUGUGUCUUUUGUGAAAAUUGAAGAGGUCAUCGGAGCAGGAGAGUUUGGAGAGGUAUACAAGGGACGUUUGAAACUGCCAGGCAAGAGGGAAAUCUAUGUGGCCAUCAAAACCCUGAAGGCCGGGUAUUCUGAAAAGCAGCGUCGGGACUUUCUGAGUGAGGCCAGCAUCAUGGGCCAGUUUGACCAUCCCAACAUUAUUCGCCUGGAGGGUGUCGUCACCAAGAGUCGGCCAGUCAUGAUCAUCACAGAGUUCAUGGAGAAUGGUGCUUUGGAUUCUUUCCUCAGGCAAAAUGACGGGCAGUUCACAGUGAUCCAGCUGGUGGGUAUGCUAAGGGGCAUUGCUGCUGGCAUGAAGUAUCUGUCUGAGAUGAAUUAUGUUCACCGGGACCUGGCUGCAAGGAACAUUCUGGUCAACAGUAACCUGGUGUGCAAAGUAUCUGACUUUGGCCUCUCUCGCUACCUCCAGGACGAUACCUCAGACCCCACCUACACCAGCUCCUUGGGAGGGAAGAUUCCUGUGAGGUGGACAGCGCCAGAAGCAAUCGCCUACCGCAAGUUCACUUCAGCCAGCGAUGUCUGGAGCUACGGGAUUGUCAUGUGGGAAGUCAUGUCAUUUGGAGAGAGACCUUACUGGGAUAUGUCCAACCAAGAUGUCAUCAACGCCAUCGAGCAGGACUAUCGGCUGCCCCCUCCCAUGGACUGCCCGGCUGCUCUCCAUCAGCUCAUGCUGGACUGUUGGCAGAAGGACCGGAAUAGCCGGCCCCGCUUUGCAGAGAUAGUCAACACCCUGGACAAGAUGAUCCGGAACCCGGCAAGUCUCAAGACUGUGGCAACCAUCACCGCCGUGCCUUCCCAGCCCCUCCUCGACCGCUCCAUCCCAGAUUUCACAGCAUUUACUACCGUGGAUGAGUGGCUCAGUGCCAUCAAAAUGGUCCAGUACAGGGACAGCUUCCUCACUGCUGGCUUCACCUCGCUUCAGCUUGUCACUCAGAUGACAUCAGAAGACCUCCUGAGAAUAGGAGUCACCUUGGCAGGCCAUCAGAAGAAGAUCCUGAACAGCAUCCAUUCGAUGAGAGUCCAGAUGAGUCAGUCACCAACGGCCAUGGCGUGAGAACUCUUGCCUUUUUGAGGGAGGAAAGGAAGGAACAGGACCCGGCUCCUGGGGGACCUCGCGGUUGACCACUGUGGAGUGUGCUGGAGAGACGUGCUUUUCAGCGAGAAAGGUGUUUCCAUCAAUGAGGAGUAAACUGGACCUGUCGUUUGGCUGCAGGCACCCUUCAUCUCUCAGUGACAGAAGCAUGUCUGGGAUACCGUGGGAAACCAAACAUGAAGUAAUUAAGAAACAGAAAGGUGAUCUUAACAGUAGUGGAGACAAAACAGUGUGUGUGGGGGAAACACGAUUGAAUGCAGCUCUCGCCCUCUCUGGGCUGGAGUUACUAUCAGAAGAAGGGAAGGAGAUGGAAGGAAGACACAGAGGCCGCUCCAUUUGCUUCCUUGCCAAUGACGUUCUUUUCUUUUCUCCUUUCUUACUCCUCCCUGAGAGUCCCUCGCUCCCCCACAUCCAUUUCCCUUUGCUCAUGACUCCUGUAGGGAAGUUUCUGCAAACAAAACCCAGCUCCUGAGUCUCCAGAUGUUGUUCUGUCAGUUGCCAAAGGACUUUGCUGACCACUGCAUGGGGAUCCAACCAAUUCAAUUAAUGUCUUCAUAUUGAAGAAGAGAUGUACCUUCAAUUGAAAACCUUGUUUUUCUUUUGUUUGCAUUUUCUGCAAAAAGGAAAAAGAUACCACAAAAUUGGAGAAAAAAAAAUAGAAAAACCUGUUUCCGUGUGCAAGGGCACACAUAUGUAUGUCUGCGUUAUAAAAUGACUGUGCUUGUUCUAACAGAUGCAAACAAGGAAAAAGAACUGGGAAAUCUAUGCACCUGGGAAAUCCAAAGGGGCCAGAAUAAGUUGUUGAUUUGGCUUUCUGGUUGUCCCAGGGGCCUCUUGGCUUGAUGGGAAAUGAGGAGAUGGGAAAAAAUGAACAUGAAAGGAAAAAAGAAAAAAAAACUCUCAAGAGUUGGCAAAUUCAGAUAGGAAACAGGUGAGUGGUUUGAAUUGGAUGCAGUGUGGGCUAUUCUAGAAUGAUACUGACUGAUGAGUUAUUCUUGAUGACAUCUGAAGAAAAGGAGAAGGAAAGUGUAUCUGGAGAAUGUUCUUCCACAUCCCUGGAAUCUGCAGUUUAAGAGAAGGCAAGAAAGAGUUCUUGCCCUGCCUGUGGACUGGCUUAAACCGUGUGGCAUCCAAGGAAUGUUUCGAUUGUGUAUGUGUUUCUCUUCACAUUCCUUAUUGUACCUCAUUGUUCAAUUCACUUUUGUAAAUUCCACCUAACACUUAAAUAUUUUUAAUUUCUCCUUUUACCUUACUCUCCUUGCUAAUUUUAUCUGUCUAAUUAAAAACAGCAGAAGCAUGUCUGGGUUUACGUA